ACAACACACACGUUCCCAUCAAGCUAGCUGCUGGCUCCGACCUCCAGCGCCAGGUACAUCGGUAAUACUGUACAAGUCAGUCAACUGCACGCUCCCAAGUUCCAUCCAAUCCACGCUCCAAUUGCUGUUGCUGCUAUAGCUACAUAUAACCCAAUUGCCCGACCAAAUAUAACCGAGCCAACGACUACACCUCGGGAGGGUACACGGCGAUCGAGUAGCUCGAGAACGAGACGUGGCAAUGGCGGGAGACGGCGAGCUGAAGCUACUGGGGAUGUGGACCAGCGCGUUCGUGCUCAGGGUGCGCUUCGUCCUCAACCUCAAGUCACUGCCGUACGAGUUCGUGGAGGAGAACCUGGGCGACAAGAGCGACCUCCUCCUCGCCUCCAACCCGGUCAACAAGACCGUCCCCGUCCUCCUCCACGCCGGCCGCCCCGUCAACGAGUCGCAGGUCAUCCUGCAGUACAUCGACGAGGCCUGGCCCGACCGCCCCCCCGCCGUGCUGCCCUCCGACCCCUACGAGCGCGCCGUGGCGCGGUUCUGGGCGGCAUACGUCGACGACAAGGUGCGGCUGGCGUGGCUGGGGAUCCUGUUCCGGAGCGAGACGGAGGAGGAGAGGGCGGCGGCGGUGGCGCAGGCCGACGCGGCGCUGGAGACGCUGGAGGGCGCGCUCCGGGAGUGCUCCGGGGGGAAGCCCUUCUUCGGCGGCGACGGCGUCGGGCUCGUCGACGUCGUGCUCGGCGGCUACCUCGGGUGGUUCACGGCGAUCAAGAAGCUGAUCGGGCGCAGGAUGAUCGACCCGGCGAGGACGCCGGCGCUGGCCGCGUGGGAGGAUCUCUUCCGCGCCACCGAUGCGGCCAGGGGCGUCUUGCCGGAUGACGCCGACAAGAUGCUCGAGUUCAGGCAGACGGCACUCGCCUUGGGCGCCUCCAAAAAAAUCACUCUGUGACACUAAAGACAUGUAUGUGGCACGCCAUGCGUAUCCAAGCUAAGUUUGUGAGGCUGCGACAGGCAGCCAUAUACAUCUAGUUUUGUUUCUUCCAUGGCCCAUGGCGUGCUUAAUUAAAUUGUUUUCUUCUCGAUGCUACUUUUGACUUUGUAUCAAAGACAAUGUAAUAAGUGGUUGUAAAGGCUUGAUUUUAUCCAUUAUAAGAACAAAUGGCAUGCUUAAUAAUUAUGUAGGACA